CCUGCGCAAGGCGAUGCUCAGCCGCAGUGCAUUGUGGGAAUCAGCUGUUCCGGCGAAAGGGCAAGCGAGAGACUCUACGACCGCCACAACACGAGAUAAUUAUGGCCUCGAAAUUAGCCAAGCCGAGCCUCCUCAAGAAUGUUGUGAAUCGUGGCUAUGCAGCCCAGGCAGCCGCACAGCAGUCCUACAACCUUCCCACUCAGGACGUGAAGGUGACCACCCUCCUUCGGGUGCUGUUGUUGCUUCCCUUGAGAACAACGCUCCAGUUUCCCGUGUGGCUGUCCUCUUCAAAGCUGGUUCUCGCUAUGAGACUGCACCCAACAAGGGGCGGCCACAUGCUGAGGAUCAGAAGACAACUACACGAAAUACCGGAGACCAGUUUGAGUUUAUGAAGGAUAAUGUCUAUAAAGAUCAACUUGGAGAAGUCCACAUAGCCACUGAAACAACUAAAUUGGUUCCCCAUCAAGCGAGGUUCCCGACAAGGUUGUGUGAUAUCAACCUGACCUCCUUAAUUGUACUCUGA